AUGAAUGGAUCAUGUGUUCAAUUGAAUGAUUUACCUGAUGAACUUCUUAUGUUUAUUUUCAAACAAAUGAACAAUGUUGAAGUUCUUUAUUCUUUAUUCGGUGUCAAUGAACGAUUGAAUUCAAUUCUACAAGAUCCAAUUUUUACAAAUCGUUUGAAUUUUUUGAAAUGGUCUUCAAAGAAAUUUCUCAAUAUAUUUUCUCCUGAUAUUAUAUUUGAUCGAUUUUGUUUACAAAUUUUACCAGCAAUUCAUGAGAAAAUUCAAUGGCUUGAUGUUGAAUCAUCAUCUAUGAAACAAAUUCUAUGUGCUGCUAAUUAUUCUAAUUUAUAUGGACUGGGUCUAUUCAAUAUCGAAGAAGAAACAAUUAAAAAUCUUUUCACUGAUGUAAAUCUUUCAUCUGAUCUUUUUAAAAAUCAAAUUACCAGACUUCUAAUUACAGUUGAUACUAAUCAGAAUCUGAAGCAUUAUUUAACAAUGAAAUAUAUAUGCAAUCAUAUAUUUGAUGUGUUUAAAAAGUUAACUCAUUUAAUAUUUUCUCAAUCAUCAUAUCAAAAUAUGGUUGGAUUACCAUUUAUUUAUCCACCGAUCAAUUUUUGUUCUUCAACUCUUUUGGUAUUGAAUGUUAAGAUUAAUCAUUUUGAGACAUGUUUAUGUUUUCUCGAUGGUCGUUUAAAUAAACUUCACACACUCAUUGUGGAAUCAGCUGACAUUUGCUCAUUAGGAGAAAUUGAAAAUAAAGGAGAUGUACCAAGUCUAAUGUGUUUUUCCUUAUCUUGUGUUGGGCCAAUAGACUAUUACGAUAAAUUGAUUCUUCCAUUGCUAUAUCGAAUGUCAAAUUUAGAAAAACUUAAUCUAUCUCUUUCAAUUUCAGUUGAAGAAACAUUGAUUGAUGGAUAUCAUUUAAAAAAUAAAAUUCUUAAUCCUAUGUCACGAUUAAAUCAAUUUACAUUUGAUAUUCAUUCGAUGAUGAAUAUUAAUAAUGAAAUAAUUUUACCAUCAAAAGAAGAUAUUCAAAACACAUUCAAAGAUUUUCAAUAUACACAAAUAAUAUCUUAUAUGAAUCAUUUUCUAGAAAGAAAGGAAUGCCAAUGUCAUAUUUAUACAUAUCCAUCUCAAAUAUCAUAUUAUCAAUAUAUAUCAAAUCAAUUUCCAGGUGGAUAUUAUCCAUAUGUUCGUAUUGUAUCAUUAUAUGAUGAAUAUCCUUUUGAACAUGAAUUUUUUCUUCAAUUAGUUCAAUCUUUCCCAUUUAUAGAAAAAUUAGUGUUAAUUAAUCGCAAAUCACAACAACACCAACAAUCUUAUAAAUCAAUGAAUAACAGUUGUCAUUUAUCAAUCGUUGAAUAUUCUCGUCUUAUUGAACUUGACAUUGAAUAUGCUUGUGAUGAUUAUAUUGAAGAAUUUCUAUGUGAUACAAAAACAUGUUUUCGAAAGAAUAUUUCUCUUCGUAUUCUUGAUCACUCUUUAUUAAGAGUAACAGAAAAUUUUACAAGAGAAGAUACUCGAAUGAAUUGUACCAAAGUAGAAAAUUUAUGGCCGUGUGGUGAAUGGAGAUCUUCGAAAUCUUUUCAAGAAUAUUUUCCUUUGAUAAAAGAAAGUGAUUAUAUUUAUUCUUCUUUUUAUGUAAAAUAA